UUAUUCUUUCGAGUUUCCAAUUUUUUAAAGAUGCACGUUGUGCACUACGUUUUAAAGAAUGGUUUUUUAUUCGAAUUGACGACUUUAGCUCGACUUAUGGGCUCGUUUUAACAUUCAGUGUUUCUUUUCUUUUUGAACUUUGAAAGAUUAAAGUUUCAAGCUCGAAUUUGUUUCAGUUUUAACAGCUAAGUGCUAAGUGUUUGAUCAAGUUGAUAAUUUUAAUCCACUGUCUGUUCCUGUGAUAAUUCUUUCAUGAUGACUUCUGCAGUUCCGUAUAAAGUUGCUGACAUAUCUUUAGCCGAAUGGGGAAGAAAGGAAAUCGCAGUUGCUGAAAAUGAGAUGCCAGGUUUGAUGGCUCUUAGAAAGAAAUAUGGACCUCUGAAGGUUUUGAAAGGUGCUCGUAUUGCAGGUUGCUUGCAUAUGACUCUGCAAACAGCUGUACUCAUCGAAACUCUUAUCGAAUUGGGAGCUGAAGUGAGGUGGUCCAGUUGUAAUAUUUUUAGUACGCAAGAUCAAGCUGCUGCUGCCAUUGCAGCCAAAGGAAUCCCAGUGUUCGCAUGGAAAGGUGAAACUGAAGAAGAAUAUAACUGGUGCAUCGAACAAACAUUAGUAUUUUCUGAUGGAAAGCCUUUGAACAUGAUCCUGGACGAUGGCGGCGAUUUGACUGACAUAGUUCAUAAAAAAUACCCUCAAUUUUUAGACGGUAUACGUGGUAUUUCUGAAGAAACAACCACAGGAGUUCAUAAAUUAUACAGAAUGUAUAAAGAAAAUACGCUCAAGGUACCAGCUAUCAACGUAAACGACUCUGUGACCAAGAGUAAAUUUGAUAAUCUAUACGGAUGUCGAGAAUCGUUGGUCGACGGAAUAAAACGUGCCACAGGUGUCAUGCUUGCUGGUAAAGUUUGCGUCGUUGCCGGAUAUGGCGAUGUUGGUAAAGGCUGCGCACAAUCUUUAAGAUCCUAUGGAGGAAGAGUUAUUAUUACUGAAAUCGACCCUAUCAAUGCUUUACAAGCUGCGAUGGAAGGAUACGAGGUGACAACCAUGGAUGAAGCUAGUAAAAUCGCUCAAGUCUAUGUAACGACAACUGGUUGCAAAGAUAUUAUUUGUGGACGUCAUUUUCUAAAUAUGAGAGAAGAUUCUAUCGUUUGUAAUAUCGGUCAUUUCGACUGUGAAGUACAAGUUGACUGGUUAGAAAAAAACGCUGUUCAGAAAGUCAAUAUUAAACCUCAAGUUGAUAGAUACACAUUGGCUAACGGCAAUCACAUAAUCCUUCUAGCCGAAGGUAGAUUAGUAAAUUUGGGAUGUGCUAUGGGUCAUCCCUCAUUCGUAAUGAGUACUUCGUUCACUAAUCAGGUUCUUGCCCAAAUUGAACUCUGGACCAAACCAACCGACUACAAAGUUAACGUUUAUAUGCUUCCUAAAAAACUUGAUGAAGAAGUGGCAGCUUUGCACUUGGAGCAGUUGGGAGUAAAACUGACCAAACUCACUCCCGAUCAAGCUGAAUAUUUAGGCGUUCCUGCCGAAGGACCGUUUAAACCGGAACAUUAUCGUUAUUAAAAAGGCUACAAAGUUUUAUUUCAAAAAUUUUCCCAGAAAACGUUGCAAUAUUUUUUCUAUAGCUGAAUUUUAUCAUCGAACAUUUUGUGUUAUCGAGUAAUUUUUAAGAACCGUGGAACAAUUUUCGGUGACACGUUAUCAUGAAAAGUAUGUCAUUUUUUUUAAAUGAUCGAUUAAGUUUUUUCUUUUAGAGUUCAUUUUAUCAUUAUUGUCAAGUGGAUGUUUCAUUUUCGAGCAGCACUUAUCGUGAUAUUCAUAUUAAAUUAUUGAUAAUUUUUGAUUGUCAAGUCAAAUUCAAGUUUUUUUUCUUAUAAUGAUGCCUGUUACAUAAUUGAUAUUAUAUCUAUUUGUUGGGACAAAGAA